UCCCUCUCUCUCUCUCUCUCUCUCUCUCUCUCUCUCUUCACUUUUCCUUAGCUUUUCAUUUACCUACUGAUACAUACAUCUUCCUUUUCACACCCUCCUUUCCACUCAUAUCCCACCAAAUUUACAUCUUUUAUUCAUAUCACUUCAAUCUCAUCAUCCAACUCAAUCUUUAAUCAAAUGUAAUUCAUUCAUAACAAAUUCAUCAAUUUAAUCCUUCAAUACAUUCAUUUUUCAACUUUACUUCUUAAAAUUGAUAUCUUCAUCUUUUCCUAAAUGGAAAAUCAAUUCUUUUCAAACAAUCAUUUUGAUCAAUCACAACCAUCUUCAAUGCCUACAUGGCAAUCAAUUUCAUCAGAACAACAGAAUCAAGAUUGUUUUUACACACCAAUAGAUCAAUGUGUUAAUCAAUUUGAUUCAGCACUUAGUUCAAUGGUAUCAUCACCUGCAGCUUCAAAUUCCAACAUGUCAAAUGACAAUUUUGUCAUCAGAGAAUUGAUUGGUAAAUUAGGAAACAUUGGUAAUUGUUCUGAUGAGAUCUCACAAACAUUGGUUGCUGCAAAUUCAUAUAUCAAUAGCAAUAACAAUACUUCAUGUUACAAUACCCCUUUGAAUUCUCCUCCAAAAUUGAACAUCUCAACAAUGGCCAUGAAUUCAACUGUUGCAGAAUUCUCAACUGAUCCUGGUUUUGCAGAAAGGGCUGCUAAAUUUUCUUGCUUUGGAAGUAGGAGUUUCAAUGGAAGAACAACUCAAUUGAGUCAAAGUCAAAGAUCUACUCCAUUGUUGGAAAAUGGAAAACUCUCUAGAGUUUCAAGUAGUCCAUCAUUGAAAGAACUUGGAUCUCAAUCUCAAAUUGGUAUACAAGAGAAUAUGAAUUGUUCUACUCAAUUGCAGGAUCAAAUUGAACUUAACAAUUCUCAAGAAGAAUCAACAAUAUCUGAAAAUGGUGUGAAACCUUCUCCUUAUGUGAAUACAAGGAAAAGAAAAGUUUCUUCCAAAGGAAAAACCAAAGAAACUUCAACUUCUAGUAAUCCUCCAAUGGCUUGUGAAGCUGAAGACUCAAAUGCAAAGCGCAUGAAAACAAAUGAAGGUGAAAAAAUUGAAAAUGGUAAAGUAAAAGCAGAGGAUGAGUCAAAAGGGGGUACAAAUAGUAAUAAUGGAGGUGAUGAAAAACAGAAUAAGAGCAAUUCAAAACCUCCUGAGGCUCCAAAGGAUUACAUUCAUGUCAGAGCAAGAAGAGGUCAAGCUACUGAUAGCCAUAGUCUUGCAGAAAGAGUUAGGAGGGAGAAAAUCAGUGAAAGGAUGAAGCUUCUACAAGAUCUUGUCCCUGGUUGCAAUAAGGUCACUGGAAAAGCACUCAUGCUUGAUGAAAUUAUAAACUAUGUGCAAUCAUUGCAGCGUCAAGUUGAGUUCCUAUCUAUGAAAUUGGCUACUGUUAACACAAGGGUGGAUUUUAGUAUUGAGAGUCUAAUCUCAAAAGAUAUGUUUCAAUCAAAUAAUUCCUUGGCACACCCAAUAUUCCCAUUAGAUUCCUCAGCACCAUCCUAUUAUGGGCAACAACAGCAGCAAAACCCAGCAAUUCACAAUAACAUUUCUAAUGGAACUGUGACCCACAACUCAGUGGACCCAUUAGAUGGUGGUUUAUGCCAAAACCUUGGCAUGCACUUAUCUUCACUAAGUGGAUUUAAUGAAGCUGGCUCACAGUAUCCAUUAACAUUCUCUGAGGAUGACCUCAACACAAUUGUUCAGAUGGGAUUUGGACAAACUGACAAUAGAAAAACACCAAUACAAUUUCAGAAUUUGAACGGCACAAAUCAACUACCCCUAUGAAAUUAAGCUUUGAUCACCAUUCAUUACGCCUGAAUUGAAGCAAAGAUGAAUAGGAACAUUGCUGUUGUACACAUCAACAAGAAAUUUAAUUGGAACAACCCUAUGUAUUAUUAUUAAGCCAUUAUUAUUAUUAUAAUUAGGACUAAUAGAAGCCUCUUUUGUCUUCAUGUUAUCCCUUUCUUUUCUUUUUCCUUUCACUUUCCAUGAUUUUAAUUUUUUAUCUUGGGGGUGGUUUCUUUUCAAUAUUUUUAUUUUUUUUAUUUUUGUAAAACUAUUCACUGUAAAAUCUUUAGGAUCUUGAUUCUGUAUUCUGUUGGUCCAGAUUCUUAUUAUUAUGGCACCAAUUGUGAGAUAUAGUGCUAAUUAAAGAAGGAGUUUUUGUACCACCUAUCAUUA